UACAGUAUAUCCCCACUUUAUUUCUAAUUCUGUGAUAAACACUUUACUUGUCCGGAAUACAGAUUGAGAAAGCGUGAUGGCGACAGAAACUUACAUUCACGCAACAGAUCAUGCAUGGACUUUUCAAUUUCCCCUGCGACCUCCUAUGACCUAUAUAUACACACAUAUAAACGUUAAGAACUUAUACAUAAUCCAUGUUGUGAAUUUAAUACAAUAGUUAUUUAAACCCCUUUCGCCAUUUUAGUAAGAUACUUUGAGUGCCUCGCUCUCUAUCCUGCCUUUGAACUGUACCAUAUGUGUAGCCUCUGAGGGAAAUAACACUGGAAGUUAAUGAAAAUUGGUUGCAUCUAUGCGUGUACAGUCAUUCGAACGUACCUCACUUUUGUACUUUGCCUAAAGCACUCUAUUUUGUACAAUGCGGCGUCUAUUGCCCAACCGUUUAAUGGUGAAGGCCCGCAGGGACUAGCAAUCGACUACGAUUUGCGAUAUAUUAAAGUGCAAUAAAGCAGCUGCUUUAAAUAAAAUCAAUUAUCUUCCCAUCUGACAAGACGUCGCCUUGUUCCGGCCGCUGUUUACAGUCUCCUACAGCCCAUGCGAUAGGACGAGCGAGCUCCUUCUCCAGCAGAAUGGAGAAACUUCAAAGUCAGGCGGCCGGACUCAUACCGCCACCUUGGUGACAGAAGCUAUAAUCACUGGUCUGGGAGACACCGGACCGCGCUGUGUAAGCAUGGGAGAGCGAAGCCUCGGCUCUGCGAGCGAUCGCUUUCGGAUUGAAUGGUCCAAACCCAAGAUUAGCAAACUUCGUCGGAGGUGGCCUGCCAAGACUUCUAUUUAAUUUUCUUUAGAGAGGGUUUCAUUAUUUCAGUUAGUGCGGGGUGGGGCUGAUUUCCUCGUUAGGUACCAUUCAAUUCCUUAUUUAAUAGCUAUUUCAUUCUGCGCCGUAUCCCAGCGUAUUCUACAGCUGAAGCCCUUUCUUUGCAAUCCACUUGGGAAACCUUGGAUAGCUGACGGGGUUUAGAUUUAGGCAGGUUGUUGGGGGGGGGGGGGAUAUGGUUGGUGGCGACUAUCGGCUCCCCUCUAACAUCCAACCCACUCUGCUUCUGAGCUGCCCAUCGCGGCUCUGCGCAAUUUCAAGGCGAAGAUCCGCCCCCACACCCCUCUUUGAUUGGGCAACAGAUUCAACCUGCCUUCGCAUUGGGACAGAGCCGGUGCCGGAGCGGAGUGGUUCAUUGGCUGUGCCGGCUGCCUGUCACGCGUGGAAACCCUGCCUGCUGGAGAAGUUUUGCUACAUUUGUACACAUGUGGCGGAAAGUGGGGAUGAAUCAAAGCGGGGAAAGCGAUGCGCCGUGACAGCGCGCAGAGUGAGCACGGUGGAAAAUGCACCAGAGAGUGGCGAGCGGCUGAAGAUCGGAGCCGCGAAACUAAGAGGAUAUAAAAAGAAUCGGGGCACCUAUUUUAUUGACAGUAUCAAACAUAUUAAAUGAUCGGAUACAUCUAUAUUCACACACAUACAUGCACACAUCAAUAAAAUAUUUGUUCAAAGCUGAUACAUGACUAGAUUGGAGUAUGUCAGCUUAGCAUGGUAUUUUCCUGCGCCGGGGACUACUACACGUUAUGGCAUUUCUCACAGUGUUUUUGGACGUUCUUCCCACGACGGUCUGCCGGAAAAUUGUGGUCAUCCUCUGCUCGUUGAUGAUGUCCUUGUACUUCUUGUAUUAUCUGACGGAUCUCUGUCACACCAUGUCCAGCCCCGUCCGUGGCUCGGAGGAAAACUACCUGGCCGGAGACUUUGGCGAGUGGCAGGCGCUUCGCAGGAAGAGGUUGCUGCAGAAGCUUCAGUUACAGGGUUAUUUGAACGGCGAGCUCCCUGAAAAGUACCUCAGGGAACUGAGGCUGCAGUUCCAGCCCGUGAACGUGAAGCAGCAGGAGAGGAUCGGCAGGUCGCUGGCGGGGAAUCCGCCCAGCACCCUGAGCUUCAGCGAGGACGGGGUGAGGAAGCUCCCGCAGGCGAUCAUCAUCGGGGUGAAGAAGGGAGGCACCCGAGCUCUGCUUGAAUUUGUCCGGGUCCACCCCGACAUCAGGGCCGUGGGGGAAGAGCCGCAUUUCUUCGACAGACACUACGAUAAGGGACUCCGCUGGUACAGAAACUUGAUGCCCAAAACUCUGGAUGGACAAGUCACAAUGGAGAAAACGCCCAGUUAUUUUGUCACUAAGGAAGCAGCUGCCCGAAUCUAUGCAAUGUCCAAGGAUGCCAAACUCAUACUGGUAGUUCGGGAUCCAGUCACUAGAGCUAUAUCUGACUACACACAGGCUCUCUCGAAGAAACCCAACAUACCCAGUUUUGAGAGCUUAGUCUUCAAAAACAGGACUUCAGGUUUGAUUGACACUUCCUGGAAUGCGAUCCAGAUUGGCAUCUAUGCCAAGCACCUGGAGAACUGGCUUCUGUAUUUCCCUAUGGGACAAAUCCUGUUUGUGAGUGGAGAGAGACUAAUUAAUGACCCAGCCGGGGAGCUAGGCAAAGUACAAGACUUCCUGGGUCUCAAAAGAAUCAUUACAGAUAAACACUUUUACUUCAACAAGACCAAGGGCUUUCUCUGCUUGAAGAAACCAGAGGGAAGCAGCAAGCCCCAUUGCCUAGGCAAAACGAAAGGAAGGACACAUCCCAAUAUUGACCCAGAGGUGGUUCGGAGGCUGAGAGACUUCUAUAGACCUUUCAACAUGAAAUUUUACCAAAUGACGGGACAGAACUUUGGCUGGGAUAACUGAAAUGUUAAAUAUGUAAGAUAUUCACAACAGGACUAUAAAUAUUAAAAUAAUGGCAACAGAAGAUAUUCUGAAUAAAUUUAAGCAGGAAUCUGUUGGAAGCAAGGAUGUCCUUAUGUUCAAAGAUACAUUUUUUCUGAGUUAUUUAUUUAAACCAAUAGCUACAUAUUAGACAAGAAUAUAGAAUGAGCAACCUAGAAUUUUGCAUUAGAGUUCAGUUUAACAGAAGUACUUAGACAUUUGUUAUCUCAAAACUACCAAAAUCUUUAGUGGAAAUUGUUAUUUUUACAGAAUUGCAAACUCUUUGUGUUACUUUAAUACUUUAUUCACAGAUUUCUUUACAUAAGGGUGCUACUUCUGUACUGGGUCAUUUCUUUUACCUCAUUUAUGAGUUUUUUUUAAAAAAAGCACACAUUUAAUAAAGUUUACGGGUAUUUAUAACUAUUAUUUGUAAUCAGCAGUCUCUACGUCCCUGUUAGGAUACUGUAUGUGAGGAGCUGAAAGAUUAUGCAUCAUUUAUUUAUUCGGUCUUUUUGAGUAAAUGCAAGGAAAAUUUAAUGAGUGUCAGCGGUAUUACAAAAUUAGUCUCUAUUAGAAAAAAAUAAAUAUAUUUGUUCAAUUUUCAGCAUAUAUAUAAGAACCAAAAUAUUUUUGGCUAAGUGAAUUGCUAACUCCUUCAAAGUGAAUUUCAUAUAUUUAUAUGAAUUGAGGGUUCAGAAUAAGAACAUCAGAUUAAAACUUACAUCAACGAAGCAAUGUAUUUGUAACACAGAAAACUAGGGGUAGGAAUUGUAUUCCAUUGUGUGUCUCAAGUCACAGCAAGUAACAGCUGUGCAGUGGACUCCAUUGAUGAAAUAAAACUCUAUUGUGGUCAGUGGAAACAAAUUUCAGAGGUUAGGCUGCCGCUGGGAUAUUGCUCAUUUAGUACAUGUGUCCGAUAAAUUAUUUCUAAACUAUGAUUUUAUUCAGCAGGAAAAUAAAACUGAUCAAUGUUUGUGGGAAUUUUUGUUGAACUUGUGGAAUUUCUGUUAUUCCCAAAUAAUCUGAAUUUUCAUAUCAGAUUUACCACCCAUCUAAACUGAUACUACCAUAAUUCAUCCCAGUAUUAUCAGCUCAGUUCUAGUUGCCCUUCUGACGUAACAGCAGAUUGACGUACUGUAGACUCCACAUCUGCAGGAAUGAAGAUAUAGAGUUCCCUGUAGUAUUAAGAAUGGAAGUAUAGAUUCAGGGGUAAGUGUCCUCUCAUUGGUCAUUCAUUUUCUCAGUACUAGACAUACUUUUCUCAUAAAGAUCGGAACAGAUUUAUAGAUGGUUUCAAUUCAUCAUUUGCUGUCAGAUAAAUGGUACCCAAAGUUUUAAAGGUCUAUGUGAAAUUUUAUAUGCAAAAAGAUCUGUAAACUUGCUAAUCUCAGAGCAAGAGAUAUAUUUGACAAAGGAGAUAGAGUAUUAUUUUCUAUGUAAUACAUAACAUGCUAAUUUCAGCAACACUUAAACCUGGCACAGCCAAUUGUGACACAGGUAUUUAGUACAAUAUCAAUUACACAGCAUAAUAAAGUUAAAUAUGAGUUGCUUCUUCAAAAGAAAGUCAAAAUAAUAUUCAUUUGAACAGUAUUAUUUUCACCUUUUGACCUUCAAUAUAUCUCUUCUGCUGUUGAAAUGUAAAGAUAUUGAUUGUCAACUCCAUUACUCUCAAUGCAUAAAAGCAUAAAUAGACAGUUUCUCUUAUCAUUUGUCUCACACUAGCCAUGGAAACUGGUCCGAGUGCAGUUAGUAAUUCAAAAGAUAAACCACCAAGGACUGUGCCAAUUUUGAGAAAUGCUUUUUAAUAGAUUCUGCUGAAAUUCCUUUACAUUUUCCCAAUUACAAAAACUGUUAUGAUAAAGCACAACUGGAUAGUGUCCUAAAAUGCAUGCUUUCAUUUAAGUAUCUUUCAAUAUAGUUGAGUGUGGUAACUGUGUGUUUUGACAAUGGACUUAUAAUAAAAAAAUAAUCAUUUCUAUUGCCGGGCCACCACCUGUGAGUAAUCUGAUUAUACAUAUUAAAUUAAUGGAAAACUACACAGAAUUAUUAUAUGGUGUGCACUAAUGAUAAAUUAAAACUAAACACCUGCUUUUAGUUUGUAUUUAUAAAUGCCAUAGUAUU